GAACGAUACCUCAGCCUGUUAACUUGUGCUUUUUUGUUUGCGCUUUUCGUGCGUGCGUACUCUUUGUGGGAGAAGAUAUUCUUGGAAGGAAGCGGUGAGAGUAGUUUGAAAGUGGGCGAUAAGAGUGUGACAACGUGAUCGUUUGAAGAUUGGGAUUCGAAAAUAAGCAAGAUUUUGUGCAAGUGAUUGAAAAACAUAAAACAGAAGGAAAACUGAGCAGUUGAAGAUUGAUAAAAGCUAUGAAAAACAGUUGGUAGUGGACGACCAAAGCUUAAAGCUUGUGAAACACUAGUGAUCAAAGGGAACUGCCACUUGAAGUUCGUGGAAAUUUGUGUCGCAAAAAAAAACAAAACACAAGAGAAAUUUUCUCAAGGAAGAAUGGCAUUCAGCAAACGGUGCAUGACGCUGGGAGCGGUGGUGAUGGUGUCAACCAUGCUGUCACUUUGUUCCGGAUCCGCGAUCCCCAUGUGGGAAUAUCUGAGUCGGAGUGAAAAGAUGUCACACCUGUACUCGAUGUUCGCCAAGCAAGUGUCCAGCUACUGCAAGGGCUCCCAGGACAUGCCGACCAAUAUGUGCAAGCGGAACCUGCUCAUGUACGGUAUCAACAAGCUGCAGGACAUGAACGAGUCCCACCUGGACUCGAUGGAUCCGUACCAGCGGGGCGCCCAUGAUAUAAUCUGGGACGCCAUGAUGGACGGCCACACCAAGAACGGCAAGAAGAAGAUCCAGCAGACGACGGAGGCACCGGCGCAGAUUGUCAGCGGUGCCCAGUACGAGCACAACCCGUUGUUUGACGAUCCGGCUCCGCAGCAGCAGCAGCAGCCAAGUCGCAAGCAGGACAGCAACGUGGACAAGUACGGCAUGGACUACAACGACUACAACAACGCCGCGUCCGCUCAGGAUCUGCAGUACGCCGAACCUCAGAGCUACCUGCCCCUGCAGAAUGGAGGUCGCUACCAGUACGCGGUUCCGUCGGCAGCUGCCUCCGCUCACUUCGACAGCCUGGCUCCGUACGAGCAGAACACCAACUUUCUGACCGGUCCCAUGGUGGUGCGUGUACGUCCGGACGGAACCGCCGUCGAUGCUGCUCACCACAAGGUUUUGCCCAAGGAUGACGACAUCAAGGAGAUGACCAUCGGCAAGGAAAAGAUGCCAACCUUCCAGCAGAUCUACGACACUCUUAAGAACAACGAGGACGCUCACCACCACCAUGGAGUUGCCCCCACCACGGAAACUCCAACUCCGCUGUCCGCGACCAGCUUCGUCCAGUCCUACAGGACGGAGUACCGAGUGUAAGCGCUGCGUUACACCUCCUACACCCUCUACAAACCCCUUGAUUGUGAUUUUAAUUAAGUGUGCUACUACUACUACUACAAGAAAAUACUACAGGACUCAUGGUCACUCCGACAUUAAACGCCAAGACAUAGCGAAGAUCAAUGAACCUGCGACUGUCGAAUCGCUAGAUGUGACGAGAAACGCAAUAUUAUUAGUGGAUAAGAGUGUGAAACACGCAGUCUCAUAAUGAAUACUAUACAUUGUUUGCCAAAAUUUUACUCUAUAAUGAGGCCAAAUCCGGGCAGGUCGUCCAAGCGGUCGCGAGAGCUCCAACGCCCCCCCCCCCGGGUGCGGUGGAAACGCUAGAGAUCGCCCAGGUAGAUGCACCACAUACCACACGAUCUCCGCGGUAGGGACUCUAGCGCGAACCCACGCCCAUCCUGCGAGGCCGAGGCUCGCCUCCGGUGGACACGACCCGGAAGCCAAACGCGCGAGACAUUCAUUAAAGCUUAAUAUAUUUAUAUCUCAUCAUCACUCAUUUUCAUUCUAUUAGUUUUGUUUUCUGAACGAGUGAAGAACCGUUAGAAACUGUUGUUGUUGUCUACUCAUCGGCACUCAUCUUGAUACAGAGAGAAAGUUUUAAAGCGGAAGUGCUGGACCGUCCGGACUGUCUGCCCUCGGCAACGAGGACACCGACCCUGUACCGGACCGGUCCAGCACUUCCUCUGUAAGAUUGAAACGUGAUGAUUAAGGAAAACACUAGAAUACGAUGGAAAGAUGAUGUUCUUCUGCCUGCAAACGUGUAAAAUAUAUAUAUAUAUUUAUGUAAUUCUCAACGCAAUGCAAACAACGAAACAAACAAGGCAAGGUAGAAGAACCCAGAAACAGGCAAACCCCCCCUUAAAACUUAACUAUUAUUUUGCUUUUGUAUCAAAUCUUCGAGCGGAAGUGACACACAAAACGGAAGUGAAGCGUGAUAAAGUCGGAAGUUUUUCGAAAAACUUUAAAGUUUACAAAAAAAAAAAAAACAAAAAGAACGCACAACAAAUCAAAAACUUCUUUCAACAAUCAAGCGCGGAACGACGCGGUAGAAAUUUGGUACGAAAUCUUACGGUAUUCCAAAUUGUUUGGAGAGUAAAAGAAUUUGCUAGUUUGUAAGUUGACGGGGCCGGAACAGCCGGUCCCACGAUAGGGUUAAGGAAAAGGUUUUGAGCGGAAAUAGAGAGCAAGAGAGAGAGAGAGCAGGUGGUAGAAACUUUAGCUGUACGGAAAACAAAACAAAACAAAACGAAAAAGUAAGAACCAAGCAAAUGUGAUUUAAUUGAUAUACUUUUUACCUAGAAGUGUAAGGUCGGCGGGCCACGCGAGCCGGAACCAAAUUUGGCUGCGUUGGCGAUCGAUAACUUUAUGCAAAUACUUGCUAUCUGUGAAAGGAACGAGUACUUUGUUGAAGUAUCACUACAAUAAAUAUUUAUGAAAAAUAAAA